CACACUGAUAGCUGAAGUGUACCAUCAGUGCAGCUGCUGUCUCUGGCGGAGGUAAAGCGAUGUCUCAUUGACUCAGAUGUCAGGGCGCAUUCACGCUGUCACACGUGGGCAUCAUGGUCGCUUAAUUGAAUCUGGGACUGCAGAGAAACGAGCACCGCUGGCACGAGCAGCUCGCACGCUAUGCCCCUCUCACAAUGUGGAAAAUGGCACGCUUGAAGAUGCCCUGUGCCUCGCGCGGACACUUCCCACUGCUCCUGUGUCUGUUUCUAGCGACACUCUUAUCUCACGCGCUUGGGAACAUCUACAAACGCUCGGCGGUCCAGCGCGCGGCGGCCCGGUCUGUCGCCCGCAUGGACGGCGACGUGAUCAUCGGUGCGCUCUUCUCCGUGCACCACCAGCCGUCCGCUGAUCGUGUGGCCGAAAGAAAAUGCGGGGACGUGCGCGAGCAGUACGGCAUCCAACGAGUGGAGGCGAUGUUCCACACUCUGGACCGUAUUAACGCCGACCAGAACCUGCUGCCCAACAUCACUCUGGGCUGUGAGAUCCGAGAUUCCUGCUGGCACUCUUCUGUGGCUCUGGAGCAGAGCAUCGAGUUCAUCCGAGACUCUCUUAUCUCCAUUCGGGACGAUAAAGACGGAUCUAAGUGGUGCAUCGACGGGACGCCUUCCAACCAGCCUCCUCCCAGCAAGAAGCCCAUCGCUGGAGUCAUAGGUCCGGGCUCCAGCUCGGUGGCCAUCCAGGUGCAGAAUCUCCUCCAGCUGUUCAACAUCCCCCAGAUCGCUUAUUCGGCCACCAGUAUAGACCUGAGCGACAAAACCCUCUUCAAAUACUUCCUCCGCGUCGUGCCCUCUGACACGCUGCAGGCACGCGCCAUGCUCGACAUUGUCAAGCAUUAUAACUGGACUUAUGUGUCAGCUGUACAUACAGAAGGCAACUAUGGGGAAAGUGGCAUGGAGGCCUUUAAGGAGCUGGCGGCAGAGGAGGGUCUGUGCAUCGCUCACUCCGAUAAAAUAUACAGUAAUGCCGGAGAAAAGCACUUUGACCGUCUGCUGAAGAAACUGCGUGAGCGGCUGCCUAAAGCCCGUGUGGUGGUCUGCUUUUGUGAAGGAAUGACGGUGCGGAGUCUGCUGAUGGCCAUGCGGCGCCGUGGGGUUUCUGGAGAGUUCCAGCUAAUUGGGAGUGAUGGCUGGGCAGAUCGUGAUGAGGUGGUAGACGGAUACGAGCAGGAAGCAGAUGGUGGGAUUACAAUGAAGUUACAAACGGAAGAAGUGCAGUCAUUUAAUGACUACUUUCUGAAGCUGCGUUUGGACACCAACAAAAGGAACCCAUGGUUUGCAGAGUUCUGGCAGUACCGUUUCCAAUGCAGAAUCCCCGGUCAUCCUCAGGAGAACCAUAACUACCAGAAAAUCUGCACAGGAAAUGAGAGCUUGAAAGACAACUACGUCCAGGACAGUAAGAUGGGCUUCGUGAUCAAUGCGAUUUACGCGAUGGCUCAUGGUCUUCAUGAUAUGCACAGAGAGAUGUGCCCAGAAUACUCUGGCCUGUGCGAGGCAAUGGAUCCCAUUGACGGCAGUAAACUGCUGGACUAUCUGCUGAAGACUUCCUUUAGUGGCGUGUCUGGAGAGGAAAUCUACUUUGAUGUAAAUGGAGACUCACCUGGGAGGUAUGAUAUUAUGAAUCUGCAGUAUGUGGAGGAGAUAGGCCGCUUUGAUUACAUUAAUGUGGGCUCAUGGCAUGAAGGCCUCCUGAGCAUCAGUGAUUAUAAACUCAUGACCAAUCGAACGGAGAUGGUUCGAUCCGUCUGCAGUGAGCCGUGCUCCAAGGGACAGAUCAAGGUGAUCCGUAAAGGUGAAGUGAGUUGUUGCUGGAUCUGCACUACAUGCAAAGAUAAUGAAUAUGUUCAGGAUGAGUUCACCUGCAGAGCUUGUGACCUGGGCUGGUGGCCAGAUGAUGAACUGGCGGAAUGCAAGCCUCUCCCACUCAGAUAUCUCGAAUGGGGCAGUGUGGAGUCUAUCAUCGCAGUGGUGUUCUCCUGCGUUGGUAUUCUGGUAACUCUAUUCGUCACCUUCAUCUUCAUGCAGUAUCGUGACACGCCAGUGGUGAAGUCCUCCAGCCGUGAACUCUGCUACAUCAUCCUGGCUGGCAUCUUCCUCGGCUAUAUCUGCCCCUUCACUCUCAUCGCACGUCCUACCGUGAUCUCCUGCUACCUGCAGCGCGUCUUAGUGGGCUUGUCGUCUGCCAUGUGCUAUUCCGCACUAGUAACCAAGACUAACCGCAUCGCACGCAUCCUGGCUGGCAGCAAGAAAAAAAUCUGCACCCGCAAGCCCCGCUUCAUGAGCGCCUGGGCCCAGGUUGUUAUCGCCUUCAUGCUGAUUAGUCUCCAGCUGGCCGUAGUUGUUACACUCAUGGUAUUGGAACCUCCCGAGCCGGUGAAGAGCUAUCCCAGCAUCAGGGAGGUGUACCUCAUCUGUAACACAAGUAACGUGGGUGUUGUUGCUCCGUUGGGCUACAAUGGCCUUCUUAUUAUGAGCUGCACCUACUACGCUUUCAAGACCAGGAACGUUCCGGCCAACUUUAACGAAGCCAAGUACAUCGCUUUCACCAUGUAUACCACCUGCAUUAUCUGGCUGGCUUUUGUGCCCAUUUAUUUCGGUUCCAACUACAAGAUCAUCACCACCUCCUUCUCGGUCAGUCUCAGUGUUACUGUAGCACUAGGAUGCAUGUUCACGCCCAAGAUGUACAUUAUCAUCGCCAAGCCUGAACGCAACGUACGCAGCGCCUUCACGACCUCGGAUGUGGUUCGUAUGCACGUGGGCGAUGGGAAGCCGGCUCCCUGCCAGAGCAACAGCAUCCUCAACAUGUUCCGCAGGAAGAAGAACAACAACAACGCGACUGGCAGUACCAAUCCUAAUGGAAAGUCUGUGUCAUGGUCUGAAUCAGGUGCCAGACCCCAGGGGAGGGGGUCGAGUGUGUUCCACAGACUGUCUGUGCAUGUGAGGAGGCAAGCGGUCGGCCAGAGUCAGACGGCAGUCAUACGACCCCUAACUAAUGCCUCACAACCCCCCGAGUCUGAGUAUGGUGCUGGCCUCAACACAGCCCCCAAUGGCUCUCACCCAGAUGACAAGGAUCUCUACAACCUCGGCGAGGGGCACGACAGGGGUCCCCAACAUCCAACAGCCCAGGAGGGAGGGCUACCACCUUCCUAUUCUCCUCCUAACUUAAUAGACCACAGCACUGAUUGUCCUGAAAGGGAGCCAGUGGACACUCUGAGCUCUACAGUUCCUGAUUUUGACCAAUUUGUAAUCGGCACUGGCAACAAUUUGAGCCCCGUCUCCUAUAAAUCAUCCGCCAAUCAGCUGCCUCUUCCGCUGCAUGGGGACGCGUUCCCUGAGGAGGCUUCAGAAAUGGAAGCUCUCGACCUCAUUCAGGGGUUUCUGUGUGAGAGUGCCACACAAGAAGAGGAGGAGGAGGAGGAAGGUGUGGAGGAAGAGUUGGCACAGAGUAAGCUGACUCUGCUCACUCCACCUUCCCCAUUCAGGGACUCACUUCGGUCAGGUGGGUCCAUUCCUGGAUCCCCCAGCUCCGACAACAACCCUCCCUUCUCCCAAAGUAUGAACUACACCCCAAAACAGAGCUCUUUUACACUGUAAAAGCACACGCUCAGGAUGGCGCUGUUUAUUAAUCAAUCACUACAGGAUAUCAUUUGCUUGCUUACUUGGCUAUCUUUACAAGUCUCUGUCAAAUGUUUUGGAAAGCAAGGAGGACUGUAAAAUGAUCAAACAGGAUGUCCUGUUGGGAAUAUUUUUCUCUGAGGCAGCAUCCGUUUUCCAAAAUGCUGCGGAAAGUUGGAGUGCCAAAUGUUAUCAUGUUGCUGUGCCCGAAACACGCUGGCAAAUGAGAUCUCAACAGUCCAGGAGUGACAAUGCCAGUGUGCUGCUUUACUGUUUCACUCCUGCCAGGAUGAGAGACACUUUUUGGGAUUUAGGUAAUUCUGAACUACUUCACUGGUUGCUUCUGAUUAAAAUGUUUAGUAACUAGUCAUGGAAAAUGAGGGUUUUUUGGACGUAGACUAAGACAUAAGUGCUUAAGUAAUAUACAUACAGAUAAAUCCCACAUCUCAUAUCAGGUCGCUGUGUGGUUGAAGUAUCUGAUUUACAUGUGGACAAAUCAAAGUGAAACCACAUGUGCACAGUAAACCUCACACGGUUCACUUGAUGAGUAAACAAGGAGUUUCCCAGCUAAGUUUUUUUUUCCAGCAUUCUUUGUGGCUCCCAAAUGUAAGAUUCAGUGCUUUUGCUUAGAGAGUCAAAGGCAAGAACGCUGAUUGUAACAUUAGCUAUAGAAUACUAAUUAACUUCAAUUUGGAGCCAAGGUACAUUAAAGAAACUGUGCUUUUCUUAACUUUGUCUCAUGCGUGAACUCAUCCUAGAAAAGGGAGCAAUGUUUUGCAAAUGUUUGUAUACUGUUCUGCCAUCUAUUGUUUUCCACACAGAUGGUGUCUUUGUAUAUCUGCUAUAUGUUUCUAUGAUUAGAAUGUGAGAUAUUUGUAAGUUUUAAAAAUGACGUCUUAUAACUUUCUCUUUGUGAUAAAAGGGACAUAUAUGGUUUGUUGGAGCAACUUUUGUAAAUGUUACAUUUUUAAAUUGUAUCUAUGAGUAGUUGCUUCUAGUGGUAACUUGUAGCAUUUACUGCCAAUCUUGCGUAGGGUUAUCUCAUGAAUUUGCGACUGUAACGCUUUAAGUUUCACAGGACUAUUAGAAUGCAACUCUCAAAAGAACUAAAUUCUUGAAUAUCUUGCAUAUUGUAAUUGUUAAAAUGGAUUGUAAUAUUAGGUCUUUUAGUGUAAGUUGUUUGGAACAGACCCAUUUGUUCAAUGUAAAGUAAUUGACAGCUCACCGGUUUACAUGGUCAGACUUAAAAAUGAGAAAAUGCUCUUAUUGCCAAGACAAUU